AUGGGUCGCCAACUCAGCAAAAGCUGGGCACAGAGCACCCAACAGCAGUUUCAUGUGGUCAUGCUCAAAAAUAUCGCCCGUUCUAUAACCGAGCGGCUGGGCAGCGGUGGGCUGGGUCUGGGCGGCGGUGGGUUCCGUGGCGGCGCGCAGCCCUCCCUCGCCGACUUCCAGCCGCCGUACUUCCCCCCGCCUUUCGCACCCGCACCUCACCCCGCAAGCCCCCAUCAUCAACAACAGAGCCAUGGCAUGGAGUAUGGCGGCGGCGGCGGCGGCACGGCGGAGUACGCGCAGCACUACGCGCCGCAGCAGCUGCUCCCGCGCCACCACGCGCACCACGAGCCUCACGCACACCUCCGCCAUCACAGGGACCAUCACGAUAUACAUGCACACCAUUUAUCACACGGAGGAUUCAGUUAUGGUGGCGGCGAGAGGCGAGCAGACUACGGUGCUCGGGAACAACAUGAGUUGGCCCUACACCAUGCGCUACACUCCACGGAAGAAACGCCGAACGCUGGUAUGGAUGACACAACUGGAUUCAUGACGGAUCUUCCUUUAUUAAAAACAAUGAAAGGUCGUGAUGGACUCGGCGGAACAGGUUCCUGUGCGCCUAACGACGUGUUCUGCUCAGUUCCUGGUCGACUCUCACUACUGUCAUCCACCAGCAAGUACAAAGUGACUGUAGCGGAGGUACAGAGAAGGUUAUCACCUCCUGAGUGCCUCAAUGCCUCUCUUCUGGGUGGAGUUUUAAGGAGAGCAAAAAGCAAAAAUGGCGGGAGAUUACUGCGUGAGAAAUUGGAAAAGAUCGGGCUGAACUUACCAGCGGGGCGGCGGAAAGCUGCUAACGUCACACUCCUAACGUCCUUAGUUGAAGCUGAAGCAGUGCAUUUAGCCCGUGACUUUGGCUAUGUGUGUGAGACGGAGUUCCCUGCGCGUGCGCUCGCCGAGUACCUCGCGCGCCAGUACGCGGAACACGACUCGAGACGUAGAAGGGACCUGCUACAAGCUACUAAACAGGUUAUAAAGGAGCUGAUGGACUUAUUGAAUCAGGACAGGUCACCGCUCUGCAAUACCAGGCCACCACAUUUACUAGAGCCGGCAAUACAGCGCCAUCUAACACAUUUCUCACUCAUUUCUCAUGGGUUCGGAGGUCCAGCUAUAGUGGCAGCGCUUACAGCUAUACAGAACUUCCUCAACGAAUCUCUCAAGCAUUUAGACAAGUUAUAUCCUCAAAGCGGUAUGGUGUCAUCAUCGAUGGAUAAAACAAAAAUGGACCCUGAUAUCAAGAAGUAA